GAUGACCAGAGGUGAGGGUCAACAAAAGAAAAGGAGAAGAAGCCAAGGGACCACGUAUGAAGAAGUCAAAGAAGGGCGAGGUCCACUACUGUCCAGAUCCCCCUGAAGGACUGAGUGAUGAAGACAUGGAGGAAAAGCGGAGGAUGAUGGAGGUGGAAGUGCUGAAAAAAGACCCAGAUAACCAGCAGAUAGAUGAGCUGAUGUCUGCCACGUUCUCCAAGCGCAGAAAGGAGAUCAUAGGGGAUCAACCUCUCAUUGGGGAUGUCAUAGCUAGAUGGCCGGCCAUGUUCUGUGAGAGACAGGUUCGGGCAGAGUUCAAAAGAGUCGUAAGCAUAGACCUUCUCGAGUCGUUCCUCAAUGGACUUGAUGACCUGGCACCAAGACUGCUGGAAGUGUACGAAGCUGCGACCAAGUCGGCAAAGAAGCCUGCACUGAAAACCAUUCUGGACUGUCUGAAGAAAGACGACACAAACGUAAGGAGAAGGAUUGCUGCUCUGCUGGGUCUGCCACACUACCUAAGAGAAGAGCCAUCAGACAUCAUCAGGAUGUGUGACGCCCAUGGUGAGACUCUGGCUGCAGCCAUGGAGGGGAUGCAACUUGGCCUGUUGAUAGGCUAUGAAGGUGACAACCAGGAUGCCUUUCCACGUGAGGUCUUCAAUGUGACAGUUGUGGUUGAGGAGACUGUUGUGCUUCACAACUUCAAGGAUGUGCCAUCCAGCUUUGCCAUGCUUUUGGGGAUCAUCUACUGCGUUAACCUUGAGUAUCCACGAGCCAUGAAGUAUUCCUUUGAGUUCCUUCAGAGGGUAGUGAUGAAGAUCAAACCAGAUCAAGCCUCUGCCAGAGUCCACGGUAUCCGAAACAAGCUCCUGAGGUAUAAUUUGUAAACCAUGCCCCACCCGAGAAUAGGAUUGGAAUUAAUUUGUUUCAUUUGUUUCUGUUGACAUGCAU